GCAGUGCGCGCGGGACUUUAUUAUUUUUUUCUUUCCCCUGAACGGGGCUCGCGCGCAGCAGCCUUUAGCUCCGGCUGAGUGACACACGGACUCUCCGCUCCGCCGAGCCGAACCGAGCCGAACCGAACCGAACCGCAGGAUUAUCCUCCUCCUUCUCCACAACCUCCUCCUCCGCCUGGGUUUUAAACUUGUUUCUUGUUUCUCUCCGGGUUUGGAGCAGGAGUGGCCUGCGACUACAAACAGCAGCAGCUUUUUCCUCUCAGAGCGGAUCGCGUUUCAUUUCCCUGUGAGGAGAAAAACCGAACCGAACCAGACCGAACCCAACCGCACAACUGUCCGCGAGCGCACGGGUUUUCCCGCCUCUUUUUUCUGGUAUUUUUUUCUUCCUUCUCUCAGAGAGAGAGAGAGAGAGAGAGAGAGAUUUCUGAGCUGAGGAAGAAAUUAAAAUAAAACUGUGUGUGAGAGAGAGAGAGAGAGAGAGAGAGAGAGUGAGUGAGUGUGUGUGUGUGUGUGUGUGAGAGAGAGAGUGUAUGUGUGUGUGAAAAAGAGAGAGAGAGAGAGAGAGAGAGGGAGGAUGGAGGAGCAGCCGCGGUUGAUGCACCCUCACGGGGUGGGCUUGGCAGGUCACCCGGGCCUCACUCACCGACCCCCGGACGUCACAGCGGGAAGCGACGGCGACUCGAGGAAGCAGGACAUCGGAGACAUUUUACAGCAAAUUAUGACCAUCACGGACCAGAGUCUGGAUGAAGCUCAGGCCAGGAAACACGCUCUGAACUGUCACCGCAUGAAACCUGCGCUCUUCAACGUGCUGUGUGAAAUUAAAGAGAAAACAGUGUUGAGUAUUCGCGGCGCGCAGGAUGAGGAGCCUCCCGAUCCUCAGCUCAUGCGAUUGGACAACAUGCUCUUAGCCGAGGGUGUGUCCGGACCUGAGAAAGGGGGCGGAGCUUCAGCGGUUGCCGCGGCUGCCGCAGCUGCAGUGGGCGGAGCCGGAAACGACAACUCGGUGGAGCAUUCGGACUACAGAGCAAAACUGACUCAGAUACGACAGAUCUACCACACGGAGCUGGAGAAAUACGAACAGGCGUGUAACGAGUUUACCACCCACGUGAUGAACCUGUUGAGAGAACAGUCCCGCACGCGUCCCAUUUCACCCAAAGAGAUCGAGCGCAUGGUCAGCAUCAUCCACCGCAAAUUCAGCUCCAUACAGAUGCAGCUCAAACAGAGCACGUGCGAAGCUGUCAUGAUCCUGCGCUCACGCUUCCUCGACGCCAGACGAAAGCGGCGGAACUUCAACAAGCAGGCCACGGAGAUCCUGAACGAGUAUUUCUACUCGCACCUCAGUAACCCGUAUCCCAGCGAGGAAGCGAAAGAGGAACUGGCCAAGAAAUGUUCCAUCACCGUCUCCCAGGUGUCGAACUGGUUUGGGAACAAACGGAUCAGAUACAAGAAGAACAUUGGAAAAUUCCAGGAGGAAGCGAACAUGUACGCCGCCAGAACGGCCGUUAACGCGGCCACGGCUUCGGCUCAGGGCAGCCAGGCGAACUCGCCCUCCACGCCCAACUCCGCCGGUUCUGCUGCGUCUUUUAACAUGUCUCACUCCGGCGAUUUGUUCAUGAGCGUUCAGUCUCUGAACGGGGACUCGUACCCGGCGCCGCAGGUGGGCGCUAACAUACAGUCACAGGUGGAUACACUUCGCCAUGUUAUCAGUCAGGCAGGAGGAUACACUGACGCUCUCGCUGCCACUCAGCUCUACAGUCCACAGGGCAUCAACGCGAACGGAGUGUGGCAGGACGCACCAACUCCAUCAUCUGUAACUUCACCUACAGAAGGACCCGGAAGUGUUCAGUCUGACACGUCUAACUAAAAUUAACACACACGAGACACACACACACACACACACAUGACAUGACACGACACUACUCUGUUCACACCAUCUCUCUCUCUCUCUCUCUUAUAGCUACAGAACAUUUGGAAUAAAAAAAGAAACAAAAAAAAGAAAGAAAAAAUGUACUAAUGGUUUUCACUCAUCUCUGAGAGUUUGGAUGGAUAUUUAGUGACAGAACAAAUCGUUAUCACAGACCCGUAUCGUUCACUUUUAAUUCUUUAUUCUACCUCUGAGAGAAAAAAAAACAGUUGAUAUGAAAUUAAAAAGAGCAAUCUUCGGUUUCGAAAAGAAACUUUUUCUGUUGUGUCCAAGUGGAGAUUUUGUUCUUUAUCGGUACGCUGCGUCGUUCUGUUUCACUCUCCAUCAUCGCUUGCUUACAAGCAUAAUUAUUUUCCAUAUUUAAUGAUAAACGUGAAGUAACGGGUCCGUCGUUUAUUCAAAACAUAACCGACAUUAUUUCUAAACAUCCCGAGUUAAAUGAUCACAUUUAAUUCUUUAAAGUUUUCUUGGUUUUUUUCCCUUGACCGUGUCAGAAAAAAGUAUUUGUUUGUUGUUGGCCGAGAUCUGCGUUUUUACUCACCACUAACUGACUCAAAAGUGAUAUUUUAUGAUUUCCCAAGCCCAAGCUGGAACUGGGAACCAAAUUUAUGAAUAUUUAAUGAGCAUGUGCGGCUUUGUCCAAUCAUAGAGCAUCAGGUCAGAGCAUCAUGAUUUAACUAUUAACAAAUUAAUUACAUUUAUUAAUGAGGAUAGUACAGAAGCCUGGAGAAGACAUUUUUCUUUUUUUUCUUUUUUUGCACUAUGGGAUGUGGAAUCAGUGUUAAGAAAUUGCGUAAGGUUUCGCUAUAGGAGUGAAUAAAAUCCGGACGACAAAGGAAAUUCAAAUUUCAAUUGAUAUGGAGAAGGUGUUACGAUAGUAACCGUGUUAGGUUCGAGAUUAACUUUCGUCAUCAAACUGAAAUUGACCAGAAAUAGCCGUGUUUACUGAGUUAAUUCACUUCGUAAAACAGGAAUAUCAAAUCAACAAGGUGACUCCAGCUGACUCGCCACGUACGAAGAACGAGACCCAGGAGCUACGGUUAUAAACGAUGUGACGGAGCGGUCGUUCUUCUCUCCUUUCACUAGUUUUUAUUACCUCUCUCUUCCUAACUGUCACUCUGUGAUUCGACAAACCAGCGUUUUUAAUUCUAAAUUAAUUUCCAUGUCGUCAUGGAGGAAAGAAAUAUUAAAGUGACCGGAAAAUACAUUUCACAUUUACAGUUUUUAAAAAAUAAAUACUAUAUCAGGGCUUUCCCCAGAAAAAAAAUAUCAGACUGGUGUUACUGACGUGGAGUCUACAGAAGGCUGCUAGGGGAGU